UUGUUGUCGUAUGAAAGAGAAGAGUUUGUUGAAGAGAAUGGGAUUCCAAUCCAGGGAAAAAAAUGCAGGUAUAUUCUUCCUCUUUAGCCGACCCGAACAUUCCAAAUCCAAUGCCCAGCUCUAACCACAAAGUUGAUUCUUAUAGCUCGUCGGGAAACAAAAUGCUUCGAUUAUUGUAAAAAGGUUGAUUCAAAACUGCAAGUGGGGAGACUUGGGAAACAUUCCAUUGAACGUCACAAAUUGUCUCCUCUGCAGCUUUUCCAAGAUAAGUUUGACGCCCAUUUACACAGACUAACUGACGGUGAGGGGUUACUUAUUUUUCGUACGGUUAUUUAUGUAAACGCGCGUCAAUUUAAAUCUCUGUUAGCCGCGUUUAUUUUAAGCCGACAUGAAACUUUUUCCGCCUGCCAAUGAGAGAGGAGGGAUGAACAUGCACGCGGCAUAGUGUAGAAUAAAUAGCGGAGGCAUGAGAGCUGUUUCAAAUGUUUAGUGUUUGCAAUUUACAGGAUUUCAUCUCGCGCCUGUUCUACGCGACUACUGAUUUUUUUGAAGUGAAAGAAAAAUAUCUUGAUCUUCCAGGGUUUUAGGUUGAACAUCUACCAGGAUUGACAAUGGGUUUAACUUUCACCAAGCUUUUUCAGCGUAUGUUUGCCAAGAGGGAGAUGCGAAUUCUUAUGGUUGGUCUUGACGCAGCUGGAAAGACUACUAUUUUAUAUAAGUUGAAGCUGGGAGAGAUUGUUACAACCAUUCCCACUAUUGGCUUUAAUGUUGAGACUGUCGAAUACAAGAAUAUUAGCUUCACAGUUUGGGAUGUUGGAGGUCAGGACAAGAUUCGACCACUGUGGAGGCACUACUUUCAGAAUACACAGGGUCUUAUCUUUGUGGUGGAUAGCAAUGAUAGGGACCGUGUUGUUGAGGCAAGGGAUGAAUUGCACAGGAUGUUAAAUGAGGAUGAGUUACGUGAUGCAGUCCUGCUUGUUUUUGCAAACAAGCAGGAUCUUCCAAAUGCAAUGAAUGCUGCUGAGAUCACUGAUAAGCUUGGUCUGCACUCCCUACGCCAGCGACACUGGUAUAUUCAAAGCACUUGUGCUACUUCUGGUGAAGGCCUUUAUGAAGGCUUGGAUUGGCUUUCAAACAACAUUGCAAGCAAGGCUUGAGGAUAAUGCAUGCUUGAAAGGAACGGGUUUAGUGAUCCACCGUAUGUUUUUAAUCAUGAGUAAGGGAGAAGGAGUUGUGUAUUAGCCUUUUGAAUAUGGAUCAUUUUGCUUCUAUUGUGUACCUACAAUUAUUUUACUCUUUUAAGAAUUAAGCAAUUUUUAUAUGUGGGGCUCUUUAAUCUCCAAGAACCCAGUUUCCUCUAUUUUGUUGCGAGUUAUUUACGAGAGCCCCUAUCUGUUGUAUAUGAUCGCACAGAAAUGCCAAAUAUUAAAUUUGCAAAGAUAGCUGUAAUAUAUUAAGCAUUUGGUGAAAAUGA